CAUCGCCUGAUUUAGCGGGGCUGUGUCCAACAUUCGCGGUCCUCGCUUUAUGUCCUUCAGCCCUUCUAUGUUCAUUUCUCUGUUCCUGGACACACAAACGCCAGCCUAACAUUCACGUCAAGACUCUUCAACGGGCACUGCGAUAUAAUAUCACCGCCCAUUGUCAAUUGAUAGUCAUUUCAAUCCUGAUGGGCCAAUGGAUCCUCUUACAGCUGUGAGCUUGGUAGGAACCAUUGUACAAUUUAUUGACUUUGGCUCAAAAUUGGUGUCGGCAGGCAAAGAACUGUACAAUUCGGCUAGUGGCGCCCUUGAGCAGAAUGUUCGAAUCACAGAGGUUACUAGCGAUUUGCAGGCGAUAUGCCUCCCCCUCCGGACAGCCAGCUCACCCUUCUCAAAUCCAAAUAUUCGUGGCAUAUCGCCAAGCCAUCAACAGGCGCUGCAGAGGCUGGCUGCAUCAUGCGUCGAAGUCGCCAACAAACUUAUGCCUGUCCUUGAAGGACUGCAAAUCCCAGCAAACACCACACACAGGACCUGGCAUGCCAUCCGUCAAUCUAUCAAGAGCACAUUACAAAAAGAGGAAAUAUCUCAACUGCGGUCAACAUUAGACAUGCUUCAACAGCAGCUAAACACUAGGAUGCUGGCAUUUCUCAGUGAUGCACAAUGGAAUAUGCAAACCGAUAUUCUUGAAAUCAAGCGAUCGAGCCGACGCUUGGAAGCUAACACUUGGAUGAAAGCCGAAAGCAUCAGGAAUGACUUGAUUUCGUGCUUGAGUGCUCGUACCCAAAGUCAAACACAACAGUCAGAUAUAAUACUACAACACAUCUCAGACCUCCAGAGUGAGUUGGAGAGAGGGUCUAAGCUGCAUCGUUCGCUCCGUAUUCUGGAGAGCUUACAUUACGACUACCUAAUCGAGAGAGAGUCAAAGAUCAUGGAGACGCAUGCCCAAACUUUCCAGUGGGUCUUCGACGAAACCAUCACAGUGUUUCCUCAGUGGAUGGAAUCUGGAAAUGGUAUAUUCUGGUUAACAGGAAAAGCCGGCUCCGGAAAGUCAACCCUGAUGAAAUACAUAAGCGACCAUGAGAAGACGCGACGACUUCUUAGCUCUUGGACAGGAAAAGGCAAUCUGGUGAUUGCAAAGCACUUCUUCUGGGUAACAGGAAAAGAGUUAGAGAAGUCCCAUGAAGGUUUGCUUCGCUCGCUGCUGUACCAGAUCCUUAAGCAAUGUCCGCACGAGAUUCCAACAACUUGCUCUGAACGAUGGAGUCGUGGCGAGCAUUACGACAAAGAUAAAUGGACUCUUAAAGAACUCGGUCAGUGUCUCGAAAGCUUCAGUGGGUCACAGACCGGGACAAAAAUGUUUCUCUUAAUUGAUGGCCUCGACGAGUAUGAAGGUGAAGAAAAAGAGAUCGUACACAUCAUUCGAAACUUGGCAAACAAUCCCAGCACCAAAGUCUGCGCCUCAAGUCGACCGUGGGCUGUGUUCGAGAGAGAAUUUGGGACAUCCAGCAACAAACUGCUUCUUGAAGAACUUACCCGCGAUGAUAUCAGACGAUACGUCCAAGAAGAGUUGUCUCGGGAUGCGGACUUUGCAUUGCUUCGACACACGGCUCCUGAGUACGAUUCGCUGACCCAUCAAAUCACUGACAAAGCAAAAGGUGUCUUCCUUUGGGUCUUUCUGGUAGUUCGAUCGCUUCUGCGUGGCCUUGGGAAGCACGAUAGCAUCUCAGAACUCAAGAGACGAGUAGAUGAGCUUCCAGCGGAUCUCAAUCAAUACUUCAAGCGCAUGAUCGACAAUAUUGAACAAACAUACCAGGACGAAACCAGUCGGAUGCUCCUUGUUGCGACAAUGGCAUCUGAGCCUCUCCCAGUGACUGCAUUAGCUUUCCUGCAGAUGGAGAGGGACGACGGAAAAUACGCUAUUCGAGGCACUCUUCCAUAUAUCUAUGAUAGCAUCCUGAAAGUCAGGCUUGUGGAAUGGAAGGGAAGGGUCAACAAUAGGUGCACUGACCUUCUGGAGGUGCACGUCUGGAAUGUUGGAGACCAAUUCAUGCGGGCACGAGUUGAGUUUUUGCAUAGGUCUGUACGCGACUUCCUCCUUCAAGACGACAUUACCAGGAUGCUGCAUGAACGCAUCAAAUGUGCGUUUGAUCCAAGGACAUCUCUUUGUCGCAUCCAAGUCGCAUUGAUCAAGUCUUUACCGAUGGAACAAGGAUACGCGACGCAAGCUCGAACUAUCUCAAAGCUCAGUAACGCUUUCGUCAGCUAUGCCAGAUCCGCAGAGCUCUACAAUGACACGGCAGACGUGGACUUGAACGAUGAGCUGGACAGAUAUCUUACAGGACACACCCAGGUACUCGACAAACACUGGACAGGUCAACCUAUGAGCGAACAGUCACACAAAACCCACCCGUUUUUGAGGUUUGCCUUGAGUCAAGGACUUUACUUGUACGCCUGGCAAGUGAUAGCCAGGGAAGAUCUAUCGGCGCAAAGCGCCAUCUGUUCAGAAUUGCUGCCUUAUAUCCUGCAGGCUCCGGAGGAUGCAGAACUUGCGCUCAGAAAACAACGCGUCCGACUGUCCCUCCGCAUCUUGGAGGCAUUGUUGGAGGUCGGUAUAGAUCCAGAUCAACGAAUGAGAUCGGCGGCGGGACGUGAAACCAUAUGGGUUCGUUUUGUCGAAUGGUGCUGGGAAAGGGAAGCGAAAGCGGAAUGGGAUGAGCGGAUUGAAAUUAGCUGCGCGCAGCUUUUCGAAGAUUUCUUGCGUGCCGGUGCAAACCCAAAAGCAAUGGUGACAGUACCAAAGGCCAUGUCGGUCCAAACAGCCAUUCGACAUGUGUUACCGAGGGACCGUGUCAGUCGUAUCAAAGACUUGACAAAGUCUCUGCCAGAUCGAUCCUCCUUUGGCUACCAAAUCACCCAGGUCUUUUCAUCAUCUCAACUCAGUCUCUCUGCAGCUACUUAUCUCGUUUUCGUUAUGAUUGGUAUCGUGUUAGCUAGAUGGUCACUCUCCAUAGAAGUUGCAAAGUAGAGAAUGGACGAACCAUGAUGCAACUGCAAGCACAUGUUUGACAUUUGGCCAUUGGAUUAAGAGGUACUGACAGUAGCGAGUGUUAGGCAAUC